AUGGAUAGAGAACUUAUAUCUAUUACCAUCACAAACUAUAAAAGCGACGAAAAUGUGGAGGGCCCAUAUGAAAAACAAUUUAGAAGUGAUUGCACUAUGGCAUAAGUUUUGCAAGAAUUUGGACUAGAUUCUGCAUUAAUUGUUGGCUACAAAGACAUUAUUGAGUCUAAUAAAAUUUUGAAAAAAGUAUAUGAGGAAUCUCCAUAAUUCAUAUCAUAAGGGUAUCAACCUAAAUAGCUUCAAUUAAAAAUUAUACACUAAUAGAAUAAUCUUUAAGGGAAUACUAAAUGUAAAUUUUAUAUAAAAAAUGUGGUUGACUAACCUUUUAUUGAAUAUAUCCUGGUAGAUUAAAAUUACACUAUAUGCUCGAAGAUUAAAGCCGAAAACUCAGUUAUUCACAACAAUAAAAUUGCAGAUAGAGAAGAACAAUUUAAAAACAUCUAAAGUGAUCAUUAGAUCGAAUUGAGUAUAAUUCCAAAUAGUGAAGGAGAGAUAGAUAAAUUGAGUUAAAUGUAGGUUCAAAUUUUUUCUGAUCAAAUUUAAAACCAUGGCUCUUAUAAAGAUGGUAAUGUAAUUAGAGAAAAACUAUUAUACUUAGAGAUUGAGGAAAAGUCAAUUAUAAUUUAAAGCCUAAUAGAAAAAUUCAACAAUAAGAAUAAUGACAACAUCUUUGCACCUCUAAAGUAGCAAAGGGAUUUUGGAAUUCUAAAAGAAAAUUGUAAGAUUAUUUCCGAAACAGAAUCCUUGUGUAAAUUAAUAGGCUUGCGUAAUGAGAAACAGGGAAAUCACCUUUAGCAAAGGGCAGACGAAUAAAAACGUAUAGUUAAUGUAUUUUACAAUGGGAAAUAGAUUUUGCAUGAAAUUUUCGAGAAAGAUGAUGAGGUAAAAGCAAUUGAUAAUAAAUUACCCGAAGAACUUAGAGGGAAGGUAGAUUUUAUCAUACCUGAUAAUGUUGUGGUAUAAGAAUACCAGGAGUUAGGUGAAUUGUCAUACAAUGUUAAUGAUGAAAUAAAUUUACAAGUUAUAAAUAGAUAAGUAUUAUAUGAUAAGAUGGAGACUGUUUUGAAAUAAGCAUUGUAGUAAGUUUAGAAAUUGAAAUAGGACUAAAAUGAUAUUGAAAUCAGAGAGGACUAAAAUGAUAUUAAAAUUAAAUAGGAAUUGUCAGCAUAUAGCCUUAUUUUGGAGAAAGACUAAACGAUUGAUAGGCUCUAAUAGGUUAUAGAAUAAUUAAGGUUUAAGAAGAGUAAAUAAGAACAGAUUCUUGAGAUUCAAAAUAUAACUGAAACAGUCAGCAAACAAAUAGAUACAUGA